AUGUUCCUGGUUUUGCCCGGUUGUCUGUUGCUAGGUAAGUUGUAAUAUUAUAUACCCUGCGUUUAAAACACUGUAACAAACGUAGACAAUUACCGUUUGAACGAGUUGCAUGGAACAUUGUUGGACUCGUUUGAACACUAUCUAUCUAUCGUAAAAUCUAUAAUUUCGAUCAGAGCAAACUAAAACUGGUUGGCUCGGGCUUGACUUUGCUCAAAAUUUUCAUCCCAACAUUAUCUAACGUUGGCCUCGUUUGCAUGAACAUUAUCUCUCCAUCGUAUAAAAUUUGUUUGACUUUGUUCAAAAUUUUCAUCCCAAAAUUCAUCCAAUGUUAGACUCCUUCGAGGCUGAAUUAUAGAAAAGACGACGUUUAGAUCUCCACAUGAAUGAAUGCUCUAUAUAUAUAUACUGGCUGUAUGAGCUACAUUAUCCUUAACAUGCCCCUCCCCUUUACUAUUUUUUUCCCAUAUACAAUAUUCCCUAACAAAAUAAUUAUUGAAAUAUGGUGUCUUCCUUUAUCGGUAUAUCAGUAUAUAAUUAUAUGUUUAAUUGUUAGUCUUAUGUAUUGAUAACCGGUUUUAGUAAAGUGUAUUGUUUAAUUUUGUGUGUUUGAGUGUGUAGCCUAAUAGCAGUCUAUAUCCUAAUAGCAGUUUAUAUGCUAACAGUUUUGGUUAUGUUUUGUCAUAUUAUCGCAAUUUUAAGUGUUAAGAUAUUCCGACUGUUAUAAAUUCGAUGUCGUGAUAUAAGCGAAUCCGCGGUUCGUGUUUCUCGGGCCUCGGUCAACACUUUCCUAAAGCAAGCAAUUUUGAGCCGCUAUAUGAAACGUAUAUAAAUAGCUUGCACUUAUUUGUCAGAAAACAUUAUAAAAACUAAAGCAGAGCGAGCGAACAGAACAUGGGGGAUGUGAAAUCCAUACUAUGAAAUUUGCAAUUGCACCACUAAAUGCAUAGUAUAUCCAAACUAUUUCGAUACUAUAUCCAUAUAGUAUGCAUGGAAAUAUAUAAUAAUUAUGGGUAAUCAAAAUCCAUUCUAUUUCCAGUAAAGCCUAAAGGUCCAUACAAUUUCCAUUCUAUGACCUUCUGUGGAUUUUCAAAAUUUUUUCCAGUGGAAGCAAAUGAUGAACAGAAGGAGAAUUUUGUCUCAGGUUUAUAUAUACAUGCUAUAGCGACGACAACUUUUGAAGCUGGUUCAAUGAGGGCGUAUUCAUAAACUAUAUGCAUAUAAAUUAUGGCGGUACAAAAUAAAGGGAUUACAAGGAGAAGACAAAAACAGGACAUUAUUAAUUCAUUCAAAGAUGAUUGGCAAAUUGGCGGCCGUUUUCAACUCUUUCGUUGUUUUAGAAUCAUUAAUUUUAACAGAACUUAUUAACUAUACAAUAUAAUUUUUGCCUCAUGGAAAAGACUAUUGACAGAGUUAAUAGGCAAUUCCAGCUUUUAGUUUAUGCGUGCAGGGGACAAUGGGAAGUAAGGUAUCACAUUGCUGAUUACGCUGAAAAAAAUAGAAAUGGUGGCCGUGUAAACACGGAGUGAUAGCUUAUACUUGUAAAUAUUGAAAUAUUUCGGUUGUUUCGGAAGUUUUUAUUGAAAUUUUUCAGCAUAAUCAGCACAAUGAUACCUUACUUCCCAUCAUCCCCUGCAGGCAUAAACUAAAAGCUGGAAUUGCCUAUUCGGUGUAGGUGAAGCAGAUGGAAACUUAAAUAGACCUAAUGCAAUAUGACGUCACAAGGCUUGAUGCCCGCGAGGAAUGCUGGUCUUAGUAGUCAUCGCCCGAAAAAAUUUCGAUAGUGGCCAUUUUGAAUUGUUUAAUUUUCCCGGGCAAUGACUACUAAGACCGGCAUUCCUCGCGGGCAUCAAGCCUUGGGACGACAUUAUGAAUAAGGUCUAUUGCAUCUUAUAUACAAUUUACAGACCCAACAGUUGCACGAUUGUUUGUAGAUGGAAAUUUUGAAAGGAAGAUUAUACACAAUUUUAGACCAAAACAGGAACAGCUGUGAAAAAUGGAACUAUAUAGCUCUAACCGCAAGUUCAUGUAUGUAUGUACCAUGGUGAUGCCAAUGUAAGAUGUGUGUGUAAAUAUUGGGGUUUUGGCAUCCACUCGAUAUAACUAAUUGUAGAUGUAACUAACAAAUGUAAGAUAUAACUAACAAAUGUAUAAAAAUUCACAAUCGAGUUUUCUAUCUACAAAACCAUUGUGCAAUAGACAAUUCUCAUUAUAGACUAAUUUUAAAACUAGGCAAUUAGGAGAUGCAAAUAAAUCACAGCUAGAAAGAGCAUGCUAAAAUGAGUAAAUUCGCAAAGUUUGGUUGCGAAAUGUUGUGAAAUGGGGAAAAUAUAGCCUUGCAAAGUUCGCAAAUUUAGGACAUGUAGCUCUAACCGAGCUGCAUGUAAAAUGCACAUGCAGUUAACACUGACCGUUAACACUCCUUAUAACUGUUCUUUUCUGUGUUUUUUUUUUGUAGUUUUCAGUGGCGUCCAAAGCAAGACGUCCAUCGAUUUAAUGCAACAUCUUUUCAAUGCCAGUCGCUAUGAUAGACGAGUCAUUCCGUCAGUUGGACUAGGAACUAAUGUACCUUUGAACGUUUCAUUAAAUUUGGCAUUAAUGCAAAUUGAAAAUUUAGUAAGUUUCCUUACACGAUGAAAUGGCGAAAAAUAAUGUUCAUAAAUAUUCCACGACCAUACACUACCCAAAGAAAUUAUAUUUGGGCGAGUGAUACUCGAAAUAAUAUACUUGGAAUAUAACGAUGUUAAUCAAACAAAUUCUCUUGAUUUCUUUUUAAGGACGAAAAGAGACAAGUUCUCAUCUCCCAUAUUGUGCAAACUUUGGUAUGAUCUAUUUCCCGUUUACGGUUAUAAUUUUGUGAAGUAUUUUUAAUGGGAAAUAGCAAUGCAAGUUUCUCCCGUUUGGAAGAGAAAUUCAAAACCUUUUUACAGAUCGUUACUUCUUGGUAUACAAGAUAUUAUACACUUCAUUUCAAAUAUAAUCAGUAUGCAUUCCGCCAUUUUGGAUAUGCAUAUCGGCCCAAUCCAUCUUCGGAUAUGCGUGAUGUCACAGCCAAAGUAACAAUAUGUUGUAUCUUGAGCAAUUGUCGGGCCAUUUUACAGUGCCUAUAUGCAAGAAUGUUUUAUGAUUGAAUUGCAAAGUUCAUUUAAAAUCAUGUACCUUUUUUUUCUAAAACUUUGUUAUCUUUCCUGUAUGUCAAGAUAUUGGACUUUGUUUGGUAUGCAAAUAUGACUUAAAUGAUGUCACAUUGCAUUACGAGUUUUUAGAAAGAAAACGUUUCCUUGCCAAACAUGUGAUAAUUCCACUGACAUUGAAAGUUAUAUACUUUAAGAGCUAUCAAAGCUAUUCAAAUUGGGCAAACAUAAUUUUUGUUGCAAUUUUCAAUUAAAUCAGUGAUUUGACCCUCGUUUUAAAAUGUUCUCCCCUCUUUUUAAUCUUUUUUUGUAGCAAUGGACAGAUCCGCAUUUAACGUGGGAUCCUUCUGAAUAUUUGGGAACUGAGCAUGUUAAAGUUAGUGCAAGUAAGCUUUGGACACCGGAUAUCGUUCUCUACAACAGGUUGGCUAUACUUCAAAUUUUAGAGCGUUUGAGCAUAAGCAGUGGUGCCUAAAUUACUUUGAAUUUGUACUCGAGUAAAAUAAAAUAAAACAAACUUGAGUAAGAGUAUAAAGUACUGAAGUCAAAACGUACUUAAAGGUGAUCUACAGUCCGUAUGUAAACAAAGCCUUUGUUUACAUUUUUGCGUCCAAAAUAUUGAGCUUUAUUCGACAACUAUUUAUAUUUUCAAGCUUCUAGAGUAUAAUAAAUGAUCAAGAAACAACAAUCAGGCUUUUCAAGAACUCAAAACAUAGUUAAACUGUUUGUAUCAUAAAAAGUGGGCUCAUUUGUGCACAUGCGCAGAUCGGACUGUAGAUCACCUUUAAGUAAAAAGUUUCCUUAAAAAAUACUUGAAGUAAAAAGUAAAGUACUAUUAUCUGUAGCGUGUGGGGGGGGGGGGGAUUUCUCCAAUGUAUUGACAUACAAAAGACACAAAACAGCACACGCAUUAUAUGCGUGCACCUAAUAUAGAAUAUUUCACGGCAUGGUCUACUUUCCAGACACCGUUGAGUAUAUAUAAGAAAUCUAUUAAAUAUAUAAUGCAUGCUUAUAAGUAAGCCAUAAACGAGCUAGAACUCCAAUUACCUAUCCCAAAAUUAAAUAAAUCAGGAAUAAAUCACGUAAAAUUAAACAAAAGUUAGAAAGUAACGAAACACUCAAAACAUGUAAAUAACGAAGUAAAAUGUUACUUCUUAAAACGACUUCGUUCCAAGACCAAGUAAAAUAAUCCAGUAGUUCAAAAAAUAGUACCCCGAGUACAAUAACGAAGUACAUUUACUUCGUUACUUGACACCACUAAGCAAGAUAACGAAGUACGAAGACAUGCUUGACAAUUUUUGCUCGUCUGCACAUCAUCUUGCGCAUACUGAGUCUGGGGUCACUGGUGGUUACUCAGUUACCUAAUCCUUACCAUGACCCAGAAAUUUAAAAACGGACCCCAAAACAGCGAGCCAUGAAACUAUAUUCCGUCUUCGUUCUACUGCCUUCGUUCAAAACGAACGAUAUUGACAUUGAAUCCUGCCAAAAUGUUGUUCUCCGUAAAAUCUGACAUAUUUAAUCCUUCUUUUGUCAGCAUAACCCAAGACCAAGCUGUCGGAAUGCGUCGAGGGGAUGUCUUGUUACAUCACAAUGGCUUUGUGACUUUGAAAUAUUCAAAAAUAAUUCAAAGUUCUUGCAAAACAAACGUCGCACACUAUCCAUUUGAUAAACAAGAAUGUAUAUUUAAGUUUGGCUCCUGGGCAUUCAAUGGUUUUGACAUCGCCGUUGAUAGCAGAAACGAGGUAUUUAUAAACUAUCCAAUAAAACUUAUUAUUAAACAACAAAAAAAAUGCCGGAAUAAUCCCAACCAUUCCGCAACGUCAUUCCGCAACGUCAUUCCGCAACGUCAUUCCGCAACGCCAUCCCACCUUUUACAUUCACUGAUUAUCUGGUGUGUGAUUUUCAGGGCGGGGAUUUGUCAAGUUACACGAAGAGCGGAGAAUGGGAAAUUGUUGAAUUUUCAACCGAACAACAUAAGAUUGUCUACGGCUGUUGUCCAGAGCCAUAUUACGAUGUCACGUAUUACUUGAAAUUACGUCGUCAGGUCCUUUACUACGCCAUGUACUUCAUCAUUCCCUGCGCCCUGAUUGCAUUGUUGGCUGCAACUAUCUUCCUGUUACCUCAGGAUUGCAGUGAAAGGAUUACAGUCGGUAAGAUAUUACCAGUACGACUAUACGAGAUAAGUUUAAUUCACCACUACGACUAUACGAGAUAAGUUUAAUUCACCAUAAGCAAAAUAAUGGCGGAUGUCGAUUCUACCAUAAUGCCUUGCGAACCUAAUUGGUUAUAAAAACUGUUAAAAUAGUUCGACUUGCUAUAACAUUAAUUUAGGUAUUUUGAUACUAUUUAAUUCUUAAAGUGUCUAUGACACGAAAUUUCACCCCAAAUGUUUAUGAUUGCAUUGUAAAGAUCACUUAAAAUGACUUAAUCAUUUCUUUUAUAGAAUUUUGGUAACUUGCUCCCUUUUCAAGAUAUUCAACUUUGUUUCAUAUGCAAAUAUCACCGGUGUGACAUCACAUCGCAUAAUGACAUUUUGAAAACGCAAUAUUUUACCUUGAUAAAAUAUGUUUACAAACAAAUACAGAGGGUUAAUGAUCAGAUAUGAAAUUAAUACAUAUACAAGGGCAAUUUUAAAGUUUUUUAGAUACGUAUUCGUCAAGAAAACUAUACUUUUCUGAAAAAUCAUUAUGUGAUGUCAUGUCACAUUGGUGAUAUUUGCAUAUGAAACAAUUGAAAGUUGAAUAUCUUGAAAAGAGAGCAAGUUACCAAAAUUCUAUAAAAGAAAUUAUUAAGUCAUUUUAAGUGAUCUUUACAAUGCAACCAUAAACCUUUGGGGUGAAAUUUCGUGUCAUAGGCACUUUAAGGUAUAAUGUUUUCUGCUCGCAAAGAAUCAUAGUAAAAUCGACAUCCGCCAUCUUUUUUAUUACGGUGAAUUCAUGGAUACACCAUAUUCAUCAUCUUUUUACGCCAUCAUGUACUGACGCCCAGUGAGCUCCAUACAUAUAUGUAUAUAUAUAUACAUAUAUAUAUACAUAUAUAUAUACAUAUAUAUAUACAUAUAUAUAUACAUAUAUAUAUACAUAUAUAUAUACAUAUAUAUAUACAUAUAUAUAUAUAUAUAUAUAUAUAUAUAUAUAUAUAUAUAUAUAUAUAUAUAUAUAUAUAUAUAUAUAUAUAUAUAUAUAUAUAUAUAUAUAUAUAUAUAUAUAUAUAUAUAUAUAUAUAUAUAUAUAUAUAUAUGUUAGUUAUGUAAUUGUACACUCUAAUAUUUCAUAAUUUCCAGUCUUAAAUCCGUCUGACCGUGUAGCUUAGUAGGUAGAGCGUCGAUCUAGUAAUUCGAAGGUCGCGGAUUCGAGACCCAGCCGCGGCAGACAACAUCUUUCUGCUUGCGCUGGGUAUGGAAAUUAUAUAAUACACACUCUAGAACAUUUUCAUCUUAACAUAUUACAGAGUGUACAAUUACAUAUAUAUAUAUAUAUAUAUAUAUAUAUAUAUAUAUAUAUAUAUAUAUAUAUAUAUAUAUAUAUAUAUAUAUAUAUAUAUAUAUAUAUAUAUAUAUAUAUAUAUAUAUAUAUAUAUAUAUAUAUAGCCAGCUUCAAAAACAACAGAAAAUGACUGGAACUGACGUCCUGUAACUCUUCAAUUUCCAUCAUCUUCGCAAGGAGUAUGCCAAAAUUUCGUAUUUUGACUUGAUUUAAAUACUAAUAUUAUGAUUUUAUGAACUGAAAACUUGGUUAGCGAUACGACCCGUAAUGAUCAUUAUUUCUAUUUUAGGAAUGUGUUCCUUGGUUGGUCUUUCAUUCUUCUUCCUACUUGUAUCAGAAAACAUGCCUCCCUCAGACAACGUGCCUCUCAUUGGAGGAUAUUAUUCCGUUACCAUGGUGCAAAUGGGGUUUUCAUUUUUUAUGAAUGUUCUUGUAUUGCGGUUUCAUCACAUGACAGAUGAGAAAGUUCCUGCCUGGGUUCGGGUAUGUGGUUUAUCCACCAAUUCUAAAAAUAACUUGGAUACAUAGGGGGAAUAUUCGUAGGUUGAGAAGACGUUGUCCGCAAAUUAAAAUUGAGAGAUAUCCAGAAUUAGCAUAUACUCAGGAGGUGGAUAGUGCUUUUUGUCUACACACGUAAAAACGCACAAGUUGUUACAGGUCUGCAAACAAGUUGUAACAAAUCUGUUCACAAGCUGUCGACAAGUUGUCGACACGUUGUGUUCGCACUGCUUCUUCCAAGUUGUUGUAACAAGUUUGGAACAAGCUGUUAACAACUUGAAACAACCUUGAUGGCAUUAUCAGACUUGUUACAUGCAAGAUUGUUCCAAUAAGUCUGCUACAGUCAUGAUAUAACAAAAAUGUUACAAGUUUGACGACACAAGGUUGUAACAAUAUUGUUAUAUCAUGACUGUAUCGGACUUGUUGGAACGUUGCAACAAGUCCAAUAAUGUCAACAAGGUUGUUACAAAUUAAUAGCUUGUUCCAAAUUUGUUGACAACUUGGGACAAGCAGUGCGAACACAACUUGUUGACGACUUGUUGGCAAGCCUGCUACAAUUAAGUUGUGAGUAUAAUUGAUUGGUUGCUCAUCUCUAGAUAUUCAAAAGGUCUAUUCAAAUGCGUCAGCUAUAUAGUCACUGUCACCAAUUAGUACAAUUUAAAUCUGUUUAAUAAUUACUAAAUGUGUAUAUAAUCUUCAGAAAUUCAUUCUUGGAUAUGGUGCUCGCUUGCUCCGUAAGAAGUUCUAUUCUAAGGAGAACGCAGAAUGUGAUAGAAAUGAAAAUGCCGAUCAAAUAAAAGUUAAUGGCGGUAUGCAUUUUGUGUUUAAUCAUUAAAUUACUUUAUAAAAGUAGUUUCUCAUGUCGUGAAACCCAAAAGAGGUAGAUAUUUGUAUAACCACAGUUCUAUAAACUGAAGCAUAGGAUAGAAAAAAGGUAACUAUAAGCUUUAUAAUUAUCUACAAGAAUGAAUUACUCUUAAAGCUUGAAAAGCCGGUUUACACUAUCAAAAUUUCUUCGAUCAUGGUAGAAAUGUUGCUUAGGUACACAAACUACCCUUUGUAGUUUUGAAGGAUUUGUGAGAAAUGUUUGAUGAACCUGACUGAAACUGAUUCAGUUCUUAACACUAAGUCAAUUCCAUCAAACAUUUUUUAUAAAUUCUUCAAAACUUUACCUAUGCAAAAUUCCUACAGAAAUCACAGAAACUUGAUAGUGUAAACCCAGCCUUUAUACAUAACUCCAAUCAGCUGGGCGUAGGAAGCAGGGGGGGGGGGGGCGAUCUCCUCAAUAUCAAUUUAGACUCGCUAUACGGCUACGAAAUCUGGUACGACUACGAGAUUUUCCCCGUUAAAUUUCUGCUACUACAGACUUUUUACCGUCCUUUCUUUUGCAUACCACAUCCUUAUAGCAACAGUUGCGCCAAACCAUGUACUAUUAUAAGUUUUUGUAGCUGAUAUUUAAUGGAAAAAAUCUCGUAGUCAUACUAGAUUUCGUAGCUGUAGCGAAUAUAAACUUCUCUAAUAGGGAACUUUUAUAAGGGGAACAGGAUAGCUUUCGGCCCACCCAAAAAUUAUUGGAUUUAAACAACUGCUGCGAAAUUCUCGAAACUGGAAGUAUUUGAAACCGUAUAUAUCAUAUUAAUAACGUAUCUGCAAUUGUUUAUUGUUAUUUUAAUUAAUAAGAAAAUUUUGCUUAUCUUUUGUCAUUGGAUGUUUUUUUGGUCUAUGCUGCUUGUUAGGCAGCGGUAUUUACUUGCUCAAAUAGUUAUCAUCUAACGCAGUCGCAAACCAUAAAGUAAACAUAUUUAUAGCUUACAAAUCAUAAUGACAGAAUUUGAAAGAGCUUAACGAAAGUGCCAAAGAAGACCCUGAAAAUGCCAUUUCCGACGAUCUGGAGACCAAAUUUUCAAGAGUCGCCCCCCCUCCAUCUUUUACAAGCUUCCUACGCCCCUGAAUCCAAUGUUAAGUUGUACCUUUGUUCUAUUAUAUACCUCUGUAAACUAAACGUAACUAUAGGCAUGUACAUGAGUUAUCUACAGCUGUGAAUUGAGACAAUUGAGUGGCAACGAUGAAAUUACUUUCAUUUAAAAUUUUAAGAACUUGAUACAUGUGCAUAUUAUAUCGUUCCAGAUGCUCAAGACAGCUUCCUGAUGAAAGUGAUUGGUAAGAAAGAGUAUUGCAACGAAAUAGUUGAGGAAGACAUGAAAAUAGCUGGAGCCAUUGAAGAAGACGCUGAAGGCAAAAAGCGAGACGUGGAGUGGAAACAAGCAGCGGCUGUUUUGAAUGACUUGGCCUUAAUACUUCAUGUUGUCGUCGUACUUUUGACUUUUGCCGCCAUGUUUUUUGAAGUUUUGUUUAUCGCUAAAUCAUGAAACACUUAUUUCUUAUUAACGCAAUUUAUACAGAACACGAAAUACUUCUGCAAUUAAUUAACGAUAAUUGUGCACUUAAUUACUAAUUGUUCAUUAAAUGACUGGAGUUAGAGCCGAAGUGGCGGGAAUUGACGUUCACUGCCAAUCCAUUUCCACACUCAUGGUUACAUUCAGCAAAUUUUCUCCCAGUACCACAGGCUCACAUUUUCAGAGGACUUGCGGUAAAAAAGUGAAACUUUUCCAUUUUGCUCAGAACUGGUCACUUUCCGCUGACAAUACAAGCCCGCACGAGUGAGAGAAAUUUUGAAAGGCCAUGUUACACGGUGCAAUCUUUCUUGCAACUUGCAAUGCAAUUCUACUCUUGCGAGAUGCAAAAUUGCCAAAUACGAGUCUUCAUUACACUCCGCUGCAACCUCGUUCCCAGGCUCUUCCUUCUUGAGCCUGGAAACGACGUUGACUCCGCUGAUGUUUUCUCAACAUAUCGAAAAUUCUUCACUGAUUUCAAUAAUUAACAUCUCUCAAGAGUAGAAUUGCAUUGCAAGUUGCAAGAAAAAUUACUGUAAAAAUCCAGGUUUUCCAGGACUUUUUCAUCCUUUUCCCAGGGGUUUUCCAGGGCCAUUUGAAACAUACAAAACAAUUUCCCUAAGAAGUUGACAGGUUUUGGAGUGUUUAAUGAUUUUAAAUGCUACAAGACAUGCUGCGACUAUAUAUAAUGGAAGAAACGUUUGUUCAAUCUUUCUUUUUAAGAUAGUGUUAAAUAGUUUAGGUAUGAUCCUAUACCCAGCUCAGUUUCUCCGUUUUUCAGGGAUAAAUUUGAAACUCGAAGCUUUUAAAGGGCUUUUCAGGACUAAAAUAAAAAUCUAGGUUUUCCAGGAUUUCCAGGGGGCGUACGAACCCUGUUAUAAACUGAUAACUAGAUUAGCAAUACGGUCCGGUAGAAAAAAAUGAAUUUCGCUGGGAGAAAUGGUAUAAAAGCCGUUUACGACUUUCACUGCAGCUAUUGAACGUCAAUGGACGCCAUCUUGGAUUCACUUUUCUCAUAGGCCGAAAAACUGAAAUUCUUGCUCCAGAUAUAUACAUAUAUAGAGCUCACCGGUUCAACGUCAUUUUCGCAAUAGGCCUAAGGAAAGUCACGCAACCACCCAUAUCUGAG